GUUCAGAUAAAGGCAGAACUUUGCCAUUAGUCAAAUUUCAUGCAAAUCAUUGAACACUGAUUGGCAAUCCAGUUCCUCGUCUUCAAGAUUAAGCUACGAAACCUCCAAAUCCUGGUACUUUGGGGAUAAUAACAUGGGUCAAGAAUGGAUUGUAUACAGUUUUGUAGCUCGAGGGGCGGUUAUAUUGGCUGAGCACACCACCCGGCCUAGCAACUUACCGAGCAUUGCUGCUCAAUGGCUCGAGAAUCUCCCUGCUGAUCCUCACAAGAAGUUCACCAUGAAAUACGAUGGCCACACUUUUAAUUUCCUAGUUGAAGAGGGAUAUGGACCAUAUGUUUACGGUGUUGUAGCCAGAGAAACCGUGGGAACACAACAGAUUCUAUUCGAGUUUCUUGACCGAAUUAAACAGGACUUCAAGAAAAGAUAUGGUCAUGGGGAAGGGGAUGCUGCCACUGCAAAAAGUCUCAGUAAGAAAUUUGGGCCUAUAAUGAAGCAAAAUAUGCAAUGGGUUGUUGAUCAUGCUGAAGAAAUUGAUAGGGUAGCAAAAGUGAAAGCUCAAAUUUCCGAGGUCCAAGUUAUCAUAACAGACAAUGUAAACAAGAUUAUUGAGAGAGGGGAGCAAAUAAACACUGUUGUAGACAAGGCUGAGGCUCUACAUGAUUCGUCUCUUGAGUACAAAAAUAGAGCAAUAGAGAUAAGAAGGAAGAUGUGGUAUCAGAAUGCCAAAAUAAAACUAAUCAUCCUAGGAGUAAUUUUUCUGAUUUUGGCAUUGAUUAUUUGGGCUUCAAUUUGCAACGGUUUUAACUGUAGCUGACUGCUAUGAUUUGUGGACUGGCUGUGUUACAUUAUGUAUGUUGUACAAAGAGGUGAAGAGGACAAUUGGCAACGUUUGCCUUCAUUGUUUUAUGAGAAGUAUUCGGUUUUGUUUCAAAA